UCAAGGAAGUGGAACAUGUCAUAUGACCAAAACAAAAAUAGCCAUUCUUCCGGGGAUGAUAACUUGAGCGGUUUCAAAGUCUGUUUCUGUACUGUAGCCCUAUUACAAGGGAGGUGAGAAGAGACUGUGUGGAGAGUGUGUUGGGGGAUGGAGGAGUUUCCAGUGAGGACGGUGGAGGGGCUGUGUCUAGGCACCAGCUUGGCCAUAUCAGGCCUCUUCUUCUACAUCUACAGGAAAAAGAGGAAAUCGGUGGACAAGCUCAAUGAGGCACCCCACAUGAAUUUGGAUGGGAAACUGGCAGACCUUUUGAAUGUGACACAGGGAAAGUGUCUGCAGUAUGUUGUCAUCGAAGGAGCAGUGCAGCCUGUGGGGGAGCCUCUAAGGAGUCAGUACCAGGAAGGCAGCGUAGGGGUAGUGCAGAAACUCAUGCUAAGGGAACACAAGCUGGUGUGGAACAGCCUGGCCCACACCUGGAUGGACAGUGAGUGUGUGCUGCACCAGAGGGUGAAUACUGUCCCCUUCAGCCUGGUGGGGUCGGACCAGGCCAAUGUGAGGGUGCUGUGUCCCCUGGAGGCCUCAGAGCUGAAGAUGGAGAUCCUCCAUGAGAAGUUCCACCAGGCCACCUACGGUUUCACCGACAUCGUUGGACAGUACCUCAGUGGAGAGAAGCCCAAAGGCCAGCUGGAGACUGAGGAAAUGCUCAAGGUUGGCGCUACUCUUACAGGUGUAGGCGAGCUCAUCCUGGACACGGACCGGGUGCUGAAGCUCCGCCCGCCCACCGAUGGCUCAGAGUACUUCCUAAGCACAGCAGACUUUGAGACCCUGCGGCUGGAGCAGGAAGACCAGGCGGUGGUCUGGCGGGUCCUGGCCUCUGUGUUUGCCCUGGCCGGGGCCGCCGUCCUCCUCUGGGUGGGCUGCCGCUACUACCGCAGCCUGAGGGUCUGCUGGGAACAGGAACGUCUGAAGAGGGAGUUUGAGAGACUGGGCGCCGGGGGGUCUGGGGCUACACAACAGGGGUCUAGGGAGGAGGAGACGCCCCUGGAGAAUGACUGUGUGAUCUGCCUGACCCAGCUCCGUAGCUGUGUGCUACUGGACUGUGGGCACGUGUGCUGCUGCUACAGCUGCUACCAGGCCCUGCCUCAGCCCAUCUGCCCCAUAUGCCGGCAGGCCAUCAACAGAGUGGUGCCCCUCUACCAGGCAUGAAGCCCAGCCAGGGAGAACAAAUCAAAAUCAAAUGUUAUUUGUCUCAUACACGUUUAGCAGAUGUUAUUGCGGAUAUAGCGAAAUGCUUGUGUUCGUAGCUCCAACAGUGCAGCAAUAUCUAACAAUACACACAAAUCUAAAAGUAAAGAAUGGAAUUAAGGAAUAUAUAAAUAUUUGGAUGAGCAACGUCGGAGUUGCAUUGACUAAAAUACAGUAGAAUAGAAUACAGUUGAAGUCGGAAGUUUACAUACACCUUAGCCAAAUACAUUUAAGCUCGGUUUUUCACAAUUCCUGACAUUUAAUCCUAUUAACAAUUCCCUGUCUUAGGUCUGUUAGGCUCACCACUUUAUUUUAAGAAUGUGAAGAAUUAUUUAUUUCAGACUUUAUUUCUUUCAUCACAUUCCCAGUGGGUCAGAAGUUCACAUACACUCAAUUAGUAUUUGUUACCAUUGCCUUUAA